CCUAGCCCCAUCUUUUAUUGGGUGCUGUCCAGCUAGUGCUGUGUCUUUAAGGAAGUUGAAGCUGCUAAAAGUGAGUGAGAGAGAGGGAAAAAAAGAAAAAAAAUUUGGCAUCUCUUCCCCCUCGAGUUUCUGGUGUCACUUAUGAAACACGGGUCCUUGUUGCUGCAGAGAAGCAGUUGUUUUGCUAGAAGGAGGGAGUGUCCGGGCUGUCUGGGCUCCCUUCCUGCAGCCUGCUCUCAGCGAGGCCCCAGGCACCCUGUCUGGGGAAGGGCGGGCACGGGCGAGCGGUUCGAAGGUGGGGCAGGAACCAGGGUGCCCCUUCCUCCAGCCUCCGCAUCCUCCCUGCACGCCCGGUGGCCCCGCAGCCUGCCCUGGGCCAACUCUGUCUUUUGUUGGUCUUUGGUCCCAUCUUAGAAGUGGAUCCGCUUGGCUAAGAAAGAGUAGUUUGAAGGAGGUAGGAUGCAGGAGCUGCGUUUGCUCUGCUGGGCGGUCCUCCUGGGCCUAGCGCAGGCCUGUCCUGAGCCCUGCGACUGCGGCGAGAAGUACGGCUUCCAGAUCGCCGACUGCGCCUACCGCGACCUGGAGGCCGUGCCACCCGGCUUCCCUGCCAACGUGACCACGCUGAGCCUGUCGGCCAACCGGCUGCCAAGCUUGCCAGAGGGCGCCUUCCGGGAGGUGCCCCUGCUGCAGUCGCUGUGGCUGGCGCACAACGAGAUCCGUGUGGUGGCCGCCGGUGCCCUCGCCCCUCUGGGCCAACUCAGGAGCCUGGACCUCAGCCACAACCUCAUCUCCGACUUUGCCUGGAGCGACCUGCACAACCUCAGUGCCCUCCAGCUGCUCAAGAUGGACAGCAACGAGCUGACCUUCAUCCCCCGGGACGCCUUCCGCAGCCUUCGUGCCCUGCGCUCGCUGCAGCUCAACCACAACCGCCUGCACGCGCUGGCCGAAGGCACCUUCGCGCCUCUCACCGCUCUGUCCCACCUGCAGAUCAACGAUAACCCCUUCGACUGCACCUGCGGCAUCGUGUGGUUCAAGACGUGGGCCCUGACCACGGCCGUGUCCAUCCCGGAGCAAGACAACAUCACCUGCACUUCGCCCCACGUGCUCAAGGGCACGCCGCUGAACCGCCUGCUGCCGCUGCCUUGCUCGGCGCCCUCGGUGCAGCUCACCUACCAGCCCAGCCAGGAUGGUGCCGAGCUGCGGCCGGGCUUCGUGCUGGCCCUCCACUGCGACGUGGAGGGGCAACCGGCCCCCCAGCUCCACUGGCACAUCCAGACGCCCGGUGGCACCGUGGAGAUCACCAGCCCCAACGUGGGUGCCGACGGGCGUGCCCUGCCCGGGGCCCUGGCCGCCGGCGGCCGGCCUCGCUUCCAGGCCUUUGCCAACGGCAGCCUGCUCAUCCCAGACUUUGGCAAGCUGGAGGAGGGCACCUACAGCUGCCUGGCCACCAACGAGCUAGGCAGUGCGGAGAGCUCAGUAAACGUGGCACUGGCCACACCGGGCGAGGGUGGGGAGGAUGCGCUGGGGCGCAGGUUCCACGGCAAAGCGGCUGAGGGUAAGGGCUGCUACACGGUUGACAACGAGGUACAGCCCUCAGGGCCAGAGGACAACGUCGUCAUCAUCUACCUCAGCCGCGCGGGGGGCCCUGAGGCUGCAGCAGUGGGAGGAGGGGCCCCUGGGAAGCAGCCCCCGGGCCUGUUCCUACUAGGCCAGAGCCUCCUCCUUCUCUUCCUCACUUCCUUCUAGCCUUCCCCCCCCCGUCCCCACCCCCCCUCCCUCCCCUGACUCUGUGGAUGUCCCUUAUAAUAAGCAACACCUGGGUCUGAGGGUGGCGACUCCCAAGGCCGGUGUGGGGGACUUCACAUCUUCCUACCUCCCUUCUCACCUCCUCUGGAACCCUCACCACCCCCGACUUCUAAACUUGCUCAAAGCUAGUGACUAGACCAGAAUUUGAUCCCAUACUCACCGUGUGCGGUGCUGAUUGCUGCUAACCACAUGGCCCGUGCUCCCCCAUCAGGGCAGCUCGCUAACAGGGCGAUGCCCUAACCCCCCGGGGGAAGCCCUACCGAUGGAAUUGCAGGCACUGGGUCCGACCAGCUGGCAAAGGCUGGGGGCACAGGGUUGGGGCCGGGGGCUUGGCAGGGAAGUGACCUGAAGCAGACAGGGAAUAGGGUCUCGGGCGGUGGCUGGCAUAGCUUUGGGCUCUUGGUGACCCGCUUGAGUUCCCGCUGCCUCCUGGCAUUCCCUGAUGAUCUGGGGGCUCGGGAGUCUGUGCCCUGAUCUCAGACAGGAUCGGAGGAUCCGGGAUGGCCUUCAUCUCCUCCCACCCUGUGCCCCUCCACCCCGGACACCUAUCCUGCCUUUCUCUCCAAGUAUGCAUCUGUAGCCUGCCCCUCCAAAGAGGCUAGCCGUCCCAGGGGGCGGCCGAGAAAUAAACAGCAUUUCUGAUGCUCC